AUGGCAGCAUUUGCUCCGAUGAAGUUAUUUCUGGCGGUGCUGACUCUGCUUUUGGUGUUGAGCCAGAAACAGAGUUUCUGUUCAAGUCUCGAGAGCGAAGGUUUGGCGUUGCUGGCGUUGAAGGAGAGGUUGGUGUCAGACCCGCAGGGAGCUUUAUCAAGCUGGAGUGGCGAAAAUGGAGACGAUAUAGAUCCAUGCUCGUGGUUUGGUGUCGAGUGUUCUCACGGUAAUGUUGUGACUGUGAAUUUGAAAGACCUUUGUCUUGAAGGAACUCUAGCACCAGAAGUUGGAAAUCUAGCUCACAUAAAAUCAAUCAUUUUGCGUAAUAAUUCUUUCUUUGGAGAAGUUCCCGAGGAUAUUCUACACCUACAAGAGCUGGAAGUCCUUGACUUGGGACUUAACAACUUUAGUGGACCACUGCCAUUUGACCAUGUCAAUAUGCCAUCUCUGACAACUCUUUUAUUGGACAACAAUUACUAUCUGACCAAUUUAACUCCAGAGCUGUAUAAGCUCACGAUGAAUGCUGAAUUUCAUGCUAAUGAAGAACAACUAACUGGUGCCACCACGACUAGAGAAGCAUAUGUUGGCAGAUGUAGUUUAUGGCGCAUUGGCCAACAUGGGGAUAAAGCGUAUAGGAGGCAACUUCUCAAAGUAGCAACUGCUGCUAGUAUACCCAGAAUCCACGGGGAAGUUAACCGAGGGAUACUUAAACAACUAGCAUCUCAUUUCCCUUUUUCAUUACCACCAAAUUUUGAGUCUUUCUCAUCAUCACCAUCACCAUCGCCGUUUUCACCAUCCGAAAGUCCCUCACCUUCACCAUCAUUAUCUCCCUCAGAUAUUUUUUUCACUCCUUCACCCUCUCCUUCGCCUGAAGUGUUACUAACUCCAGACACAUCACCCCCAGCAAACACUCCUCUCGCUGUGUCUACACCACCAGAGUUUAAUUGGGUCUCAGCACCUAGCCCUUCUCCAUUUUCUACCCAAGGGAAGACAUACAGUUCCAAUCAAAUACAUCAUUCGGCGAUAAUCUGGUCUUCAGUUGGGGGCUUCUCUUUAUUGAUUUUGGUGUCAGCCAUUAUUUUUGCUUGCCUCCGAAGUAGGAAGGUUGUGAGUGUUAAACCUUGGUCCACAGGGUUGAGUGGCCAGCUGCAGAAAGCCUUUGUAAAAGGUGUGCCAAGUCUCAAACGAGGAGAGAUUGAAGCAGCUUGUGAAUAUUUCAGCAACAUUAUCGGUUCUCUUCCUGAUGGAACUGUGUACAAGGGGACUCUCUCCAGUGGAGUCGAAAUAGCUGUAGCAUCCUCUGCAGUGAACACAGCUCAAAAAUGGUCAAAAAGUAUGGAAACUCAAUUUCGAAACAAGAUAGCGACAUUAUCUAGAGUGAAUCACAAGAAUUUUGUGAAUUUAAUUGGGUAUUGUGAAGAGAACAAGCCAUUCGCAAGAAUGAUGGUGUUUGAGUACGCUCCAAAUGGAACACUCUUUGAGCAUAUACACAUUAGAGAAGCAGAAGAACUAAAUUGGAGAAUGAGAAUGAGGAUAGCUAUGGGAAUAGCCUACAGCCUAGAGUAUAUGCAUGACCUAAAACCCUCCAUUGCCCAUAGAAACCUGCAAUCUUCAUUUAUAUACCUUACUGAAGAUUAUGCUGCUAAAAUAUCAGAUCUUAGUUUAUGGAAUGACAUGUGUGCUGCAAAGAAUGGGUCUGCAACCGCACAACUGUUGGAAACAUCAUCAGCAGAUGCCAAGGACAAUGUUUACAGCUUCGGAAUAAUAUUAUUUGAGUUGAUUACGGGGAAAAUCCCCUUUGCUGGGAACAAUGAACUUCUGGCAGAUUGGGCGGCAGAAUAUUUAAGGUGGGGGAAAUCCUUAAGAGAUGUUGUGGAUCCGAGCCUGAACUCUUUGCAGGAAGAAGAGAUUGAAGAAUGGUCGGAAGUGAUAAGAAACUGUGUACAUCCAGAUCGAGAGAAAAGGCCAACGAUGAAAGAAGUUACAUCUAGACUCAAGGAAAUAACAGCUAUGGGGCCUGAUGGAGCAAAUCCAAAAGCAUCCCCACUUUGGUGGGCAGAAAUGGCAAUUACGUCCACUGAUUCAAGUUGA